CCUGUCACGUGACCUACAAACUACUGAAUGGAGCGCUAAUCAGUUUAAUAAGAUGAAGGGAAUGCGAGGACUCGGGGACAAAAACGUGUUUUGUGGAGAGGCUCAGCUUCAUCUGAAGGUUUGAAUCUUCCGUCCAGCUUGCUCGGCGGUUCCUGCAGUCGCUUCAGAGCCCCCCCAUGGCGAGCCAGGCCUGGCUGGACUCGUCCCUGCGUCGCUCGGCCCGCCUGGGCCGGGAGGUCCUGGACCGGGCCUCCCGGCGGAGCGUGGACUGGACCUCCUCCGGGUCUCGCUCCGGCUCGGCCCGGACGCCGGCCUCGUCGGAGGGAGCCGGGCCGAGCCGCGCGGCUGGCGAGGCGCUGGCCGCCGCCGAGCUGGCCGACGCCUUCGCCAGCAUCUCGGAGUUCAUGGCCCGGACCACGGACCGCUGCAGGAGCUUCUACGAGUCCGGUUCCUGCCCUGAGCCCAGCGACGCUGAGAGGAGACACGUGUGCCGGUUCCACGCCGGUCCGGGUCCUGACGGGGCGUCGACCAGGCGGCCCGGCAGGAAACACGGCGGCGUCUCCGGCGGCGGCGAGGACUUCUACAUCGAGGUUUCCCCGGGAACCUACUCCGUCACGGCCAGCUGCCCCGAGUCCCAGCGGCAGACCCGGCUGGUCAGGGUGGAGCCGGGGGAGAGCGUCAGCCUGACCUUUGACCUCUGAGGGUCACGUGACCCGUGUGUGUGUGUGUGUGUGUGUGUGUGUGUGAUUUCUUUAUUAAAACAUUAAUUUUUUACUGCUGCGUACUGAAAGCCAUAUUUUUCUACUAAUGCGAUUAUUAUUCUUCUUAAUUAUUGUGUUGAAUGUGUCUGAAUGUUUUACCUCCAUCAUGCAACGACCUCCGACUGUUUUUACCUGCACCACUGUUACCUGCUUCAGGUUCCAGAAUAAAGUAUUUUAUUGAGA